AUGGGCGAUGGGGGCACCGAGCGCGACCGCGGUCCCGCACGCCGGGAGUCUCACGGCGGCCGCGGCGGGGACCGAGGCGGAGCGGAGGACUCCGUUACUGAUGCCGGCCGCCGCAGCUCCAGGGAAAUUGCAGUGACCUCUGCUUCUAGCCCCGCGGGCUCUAGGGAGAGCGGCACGGACAGCGACGGCCACUCCGGGCUCGGCGAGGCAGACCACUGCCGCCGCAUCCUGGUGCGAGAUGCCAAGGGGACCAUCCGGGAGAUCGUCCUGCCUAGGGGCCUGGACCUGGACCGGCCCAAGCGGACUCGCACGUCCUUCACGGCCGAGCAGCUCUACCGCCUGGAAAUGGAGUUCCAGCGUUGCCAGUAUGUGGUGGGCCGGGAGCGCACUGAGCUGGCCCGCCAGCUGAACCUCUCCGAGACUCAGGUGAAGGUCUGGUUCCAGAACCGCCGAACCAAGCAGAAGAAAGACCAGAGCAGAGACCUGGAGAAGCGGGCAUCCUCCUCGGCUUCCGAGGCCUUUGCCACCUCCAACAUCCUGCGGCUGCUGGAGCAGGGCCGGCUGCUCUCCGUGCCCAGGGCCCCAAGCCUCCUGGCGCUGACCCCUGGCCCACUGGGCCCACCUGCCGGCCACAGGGCCACCUCGCUGGGUGACCCCAGGAACUCCUCCCCGUGCCUCAACCCAUUGACCUCGGCCUCGGCUUCGGCGUCCCCGCCACGGCCACCCCCUCCACCAGCACUCUGCUUUUCCACGGCUCCUCUCCUGGACCUGCCCGCCUGCUAUGAACUCAGCUCCUCAGCCUUUGAGCCGUACAGCCGGCUGGAAAGGAGAGGGGGCAGCCCUGGAGGUGGCAAGAAAGCCAGUGUUUAA